CAAAGCAGAAGUUGGACAUCACUGACUUUAUACCAGUGAACCCAAAUCCAGCAUCAAGAGCAAAAACCAGCCCAAUAUUUAGAGAACUACUGAGUCGAGGAAACAGCUGAAUGAUGAGUGCUGCUCAGAGUCAAACAACACUGGUGUCCAAACUGGAUGCCCUGCAGUGCCACUUCACCUGGUAUCUGGACCCCAGCAGGAACAAACUUCUCCGUUUCCGUGACCAGCUGGAGGACAUCGGCACAGAGGAGGGAAACAGCUGGCUGGGUCACAUUUACAACCUGCGGGGGUUCAUUCAAUACAAGCUGAGGUUGACUGAAGACGCCCAGAGUUUGUUCAACAAGGCUGCAGAGGCCUUCCGCCAGAUGAGAAGUGCAGAUGAGGGUCCCUGGUUAGUGGUGAACUACGGGAACCUGGCUUGGCUGAACCACCACCUGGGAGACCAAGCAGAGAGUCAGGCUUACCUGACAAAGAUCGACGCCCUGAUGAAUAAAUACCCAUCUCCAUCCCAGGACGAGCUCCAUCCAGAGAUCUACGCUGAAAAUGCCUGGACCCUGAUGAAUUUCAGCACAGACAGAAAGCUGGCUGCAGAUUACUUCCAGAGAGCCAUCAAGAUGCAGCCGGACAUGGUGGAGUGGAACACCAGUCACGUCUUAGUGUUAGCGAGAGCUUUUACACACAGCAACACGGGGCUGGAGGCUGACAUGUUGGAGAAAGUGAGAAUCGCCAAGGAACAGGAUCCAGAGAACUUGUACCUCGCUGCUUACUACCUUGAGCAAUGUGCUAAGAAAGGAGAGAGAAUUGAAGAUGAAGCACGAGAGUUAGCCAGAAAGGUUUUGAGAAAUCCCGUCAGCAGCUACAAUGGUAUGAAACCAUUAAUAAGGGUUUACAGUCAUUAUUUUGUUGAUGAGGCCAUGAAAUUGGCAGAGGAGGCUUUGGAAAACCAUCCAGAUGAGCGUUAUCUGAAGAGAUGUGCUGCACUCUGUUACAAAUGGAAGAUCAUGAUUUUUAGUGGCAAUCGCCCAAAGCAAAGCAUGAUAGACAGAGCAAUCACUCUCCAUGAGGAGGUGAUUUCUCUUUACCCUCAUUCUCGAUUUGUUAAGGAAAUAGACCUCGCAAAUAUGUAUGCAAAAUCCAAUCACGGCCAGGCUAAAGCUGAGCAGAUGUAUCGGGAACUGCUAAAAAAGGAUCUGGAACCUCCAGAGAAGCAGGUCCUUUACAACCACUACGCAAAAUAUUUAUACUUCGAUCGAAAGGAUUCCGAAAGUUCUAUACGAUAUCAUAUGAAGGCGGCAAAGAUACCACAACAAUCCUUCUUUCGUGGGGACAGCAUCAAAGCCCUGAAGAAUAUUAAAGACAAAAACAGGAGCCGAAUGUGUAGAAAAAUAGAGAAGUUUCUGGCAAACCUGCAAGAGCCAUAGUGUUUUGAACAUCAC